CCCCUCUCCCAGCUUGCCUUGCCUUGCAGAUCAGUCUCUCCCCGGCUCGGUCUCUCUGCAUAGGCAAUCACAGCUCCUACUCGCAGACCCAACUCUCUCUCUUGCACUGAUUGUAAUGAAUUUUCUGCCUGAAUGUAGGUUGCUGACAAGUGAGAACACGAGUUUCUUUCAGAUCCAGUGUUGUUGUUUUUCCUAUUGUUAUUUUUAAUUUUUAUCCCCUUCGUGGUCGUUGCAUUCCUUUGGAGAAGCAAAUCGCGUUGGAUUCCAAAAAGGAGAGCAGGAAUCUUGUGUGAAUAAUCCCGGCUGCAUCAUGAUACCCUGAGAGGAUUUCCUGAAAGAAUCUGGCUGUGUUAAAAAGACCAUUAUGCUUCUGCAGCUAUUCCAGUGUUAAGGAAAAACGUGUGCUAUAACUGAAAUGACAAUAUUCUGCUUCCUACGAGGGGAUUCUGAAAGCUUCUCAAAAACACAGCACAGUGGCUGACUGAGUGGGCUAGACUUGACUGGAAGGAGCCAUUUUGCUGGGGAAGUGGAGUAACUGUCAAUCUGUCCCCACUGUACUGGCUGGGAGAAGCUGUGUGUUGCCAGGAGUAAGCCAACACUCAAGUCUGGGAUGGUCCCUGGGGGCAAACAUUCUUUUGCUUCUUCAGAUGUUGGAAUUUGUCUACAGUCAGUCAACUGAGGCACACAUUAGCUUUUGCUUUUUCACUGCCUGAACAAGAUUACACUUUUGCCUCACUUCAUCUACUUUUGCCUGCUUUUUUAUUUUAUUAUUUUCAUUUUCUUUGACUCCUUUUUCUCCUGGUUGUGGAAGAAAAGAGCACUGCUGAUGUUCAUUUAAAUGAUGUCGAAACCAAUGGGACUUCUAUGGCUGCCUUUGAUCUUCACCCCAGUGUGUGUUAUGUUGAAUUCUAACUUCCUCCUAUGGAUAACUGCACUGGCUAUAAGAUUUACUCUCAUUGAUGGUCAAGCACAAUACCCAGUGGUUACCACGAAUUAUGGCAAAAUACGUGGUUUAAGAACACCUCUGCCCAAUGAGAUCCUUGGUCCAGUGGAGCAGUAUCUGGGUGUUCCUUAUGCCUCUCCUCCAACCGGAGAAAGGCGAUUUCAGCCUCCAGAACCUCCAUCAUCUUGGACAGGUGUCCGAAAUGCCACACAGUUUGCUGCUGUUUGCCCACAGUACCUGGAUGAGAGGUCACUGCUCAACGACAUGCUGCCAGUCUGGUUUACAGCCAAUCUGGAUACUGUGGUGACAUAUGUUCAAGAUCAAAAUGAAGACUGCCUGUAUUUGAAUAUCUAUGUACCCACAGAGGAUGGAGCCAACACAAAGAAAAGCGCAGAUGAUAUAACCAGUAAUGAUCGUGGUGAAGAUGAAGACAUUCAUGAUCAGAACAGCAAGAAACCAGUUAUGGUCUAUAUCCAUGGUGGAUCUUACAUGGAGGGUACUGGCAACAUGAUUGAUGGGAGCAUUCUUGCAAGUUAUGGAAAUGUCAUUGUUGUCACCCUCAAUUACAGGCUGGGGGUUUUAGGUUUUUUAAGUACUGGGGACCAAGCUGCAAAAGGCAAUUAUGGACUGCUUGACCAAAUCCAAGCUUUACGUUGGAUUGAAGAAAAUAUUGGAUCUUUUGGAGGAGACCCAAAAAGAGUUACUAUUUUUGGAUCUGGGGCAGGAGCUUCCUGUGUCAGUCUUCUGACACUCUCUCACUAUUCAGAAGGUUUGUUCCAAAAGGCAAUCAUACAGAGUGGAACAGCCCUGUCCAGCUGGGCAGUGAACUACCAGCCUGCCAAGUACACUAGGAUAUUGGCAGAUAAAGUCGGCUGUGACAUGCUGGAUACCACUGAUUUGGUUGAAUGCCUUCGAAAUAAGAACUACAAAGAACUCAUUCAACAGACCAUCACUCCAGCCACAUACCACAUUGCCUUUGGGCCUGUGAUAGAUGGAGACGUGAUUCCAGAUGACCCCCAGAUUCUCAUGGAGCAAGGAGAAUUCCUUAACUAUGAUAUAAUGCUGGGUGUGAAUCAAGGGGAAGGUUUAAAAUUUGUGGAUGGCAUAGUUGACAAUGAAGAUGGUGUUUCCCCCAAUGAUUUUGACUUUUCUGUCUCCAAUUUUGUGGACAAUCUAUAUGGUUAUCCAGAAGGGAAAGAUACACUGCGAGAGACCAUUAAAUUCAUGUACACCGAUUGGGCAGACAAAGAAAACCCUGAAACAAGACGGAAGACCCUGGUAGCACUAUUUACUGACCAUCAGUGGGUUGCUCCUGCUGUUGCCACUGCUGACCUUCAUGCCCAGUAUGGAUCUCCAACGUAUUUCUAUGCAUUUUAUCACCACUGCCAAAGUGAAAUGAAACCAAGUUGGGCUGAUUCAGCUCAUGGUGAUGAAGUUCCUUACGUGUUUGGCAUUCCUAUGAUUGGCCCAACAGAACUUUUCAAUUGCAAUUUUUCCAAGAAUGAUGUCAUGCUUAGUGCAGUAGUUAUGACAUAUUGGACGAACUUCGCCAAAACUGGAGAUCCAAACCAGCCUGUUCCACAAGACACAAAGUUCAUCCACACAAAACCCAACCGCUUUGAAGAAGUAGCCUGGUCCAAAUACAAUCCUAAAGAUCAGCUUUAUCUCCAUAUUGGCCUGAAACCCCGAGUUCGUGAUCACUACCGAGCAACAAAAGUUGCUUUCUGGUUGGAGCUUGUGCCACACCUUCACAACCUGAAUGAAAUAUUUCAGUAUGUUUCCACAACAACUAAAGUCCCCCCUCCUGACAUGACAUCAUUUCCUUAUGUUACCCGACGUUCUCCUGGUAAAUUGUGGCCAGCUACCAAACGCCCAGCAAUGACACCUGCCAACAACCCCAAGCAUUCCAAAGACACCCAUAAAACAGCUCCUGAGGAUACAACAGUACUGAUAGAAAACAAGCGAGAUUACUCCACAGAGUUGAGUGUCACCAUUGCUGUGGGGGCAUCCUUGCUGUUCCUCAAUAUCUUAGCUUUUGCUGCAUUGUAUUACAAGAAGGAUAAGCGGCGUCACGAAACUCACAGGCGCCCUAGUCCCCAGAGGAACACAACCAAUGAUAUUGCGCACAUACAAAAUGAAGAGAUCAUGUCCUUGCAGAUGAAACAGCUGGAACAUGACCAUGAGUGUGAAUCACUGCAGGCCCAUGACACGCUGAGACUAACCUGCCCACCUGACUAUACACUCACUUUGAGAAGGUCCCCAGAUGACAUCCCACUCAUGACGCCCAACACCAUAACCAUGAUCCCAAAUACAUUAACAGGAAUGCAGCCUUUGCAUACUUUCAACACGUUCAGUGGAGGACAAAACAGUACGAAUUUGCCCCAUGGACAUUCAACCACUAGGGUAUAGCUCAGCCCUUCCACUUUACCCUCACAAGCCACCUGGAAGAAGAAAAUAAAUAAAUAGAAGAAGAAGAAGUUGUAAUACCAUCCAUUGAACAACUUGUCCAAAUAUAAAGUAAAAAAAAAAAAAAAAAAAGUAAAAGAGAAGGACAGUCAUUAUUUUCUUACUGAUCCUUCCCACUGAAACUCUCUGAUAUUAAAGAUCAAGUACAAACCCUGUGAAAUGUGAAAAGUGUACAUUGCUGUUACAAUACUGCUUUAAGAUCUCAAUCCCUUUAAUUGAAAGUUGAGUCCAGAAGAAAUCACUUAAAAUUGUGUUUUGAGUGUAACAAGCAGAGUCUUCUGGAACACAGAGCCAGUGACUGUACAGGUGUUUGUUCUUUUUUUUUCUUUUCUUUUCUUUUUUUUUUUUUUUAAUAAAUAAAAUAAUAAUAAUAAAAAAAUCUUUAUGUGCCAUACCAUGAAUGGCCCUUGUUAAAUCAAAGACAUCACCAUGGGCUUUUUCCCAGCAUAUGAAGCUGUAAACCAGAUGGGGGAAAUAAAUAGAAUUUUAUUAUUAAAAACAAAAAUGAAAAAAAAAAAAGAGGAGGACUGACUAUGCAGUAAAAUACGUAUAGUUCUGUGCAAAGAGAUGAUUUGCCAGCCUGAACUAUAUUUAAAGAAACUUUGUAAAAAUGUACAUAGCUGUGAGUUUAAAAACAACAAAAAGAAGCUUUUAUUGAUGUUUUCAGUUUGAAAAGAGCUUUUAGAAAGAUUGUGCAUUCAGUUGUGACCUAUGUGUAUAUACAUUAGUCAUAUCACCUCUGUUUCCUCCAGGCCAAAGGAGGAUUUACUUCUUAAUUACUAGUGAUAAACAAAAGUCAUGCGGUUUUUCUAACAUGUUUCAUUUAUAUGAGGCCAUGGUGUCAUGCAGAGGAUACAGUUGUCUGUGUGACCUGCAUAUUUUCUCUUACAGGUUACACUAGUGCAUGUUAAAGUAUUCAUAGGAGAUUGUUGCUUUUUUCUGAAACAGGUUUUUUUUAUAUAUAUAUAUAAUUUAAUUUUGUGUUAGCCUUUAUUAAAUUGAAACACAGCAAUGGAUCGGAAAAUGGAAAAAAAAUAUAUGAAAAAAACAAAACAAAACAAAACAAAACAACACAUUACUAUAAUAAGCUUGUUGAACUGAACCAAGAGACAUCCAAUAAUGUAUAUACAAAGAGUCCAGUUUGUAGUUCUCGGUUAUUGUAGUACAUUAGGAAGAGUUUUGUGCCCUGACAAUAUCAAAGAAAGCUUAUGUUUUGGUCAAUUUUUUUUGAGGAAAACUAACUCUAUAUUCACCAGCAGUUGCAGAGGGGUCUCAGCUGGGAGAGCACCUUCUUGUUCUUACUAAACAAACAAACACAAAAACAAAACAACAACAAAAGAAAUGAAAGUGGGGAAAUGGUGGCUUGGAUGUUUUUUAAAGUUUUCAUAAAGAGUUAAGAAAUUAUCAUGGUUUAAAGAACUUCUCUGCCCUGUACCUGGCUUUGUCCCUGAGAGGAGCACCUACCUAUCAGAAAAUACUUUGCUUGUUUGUUACACAGCAAUCACAUAGUUGGUGAAUAUUAUGGAGACAGAAGCAGAGAGUUCAUCAGAUGUCUUGCAAAUGAAUGCAACCAAAAAUUCCAGAUAAUAUCAGGAAGGCAAAAUUCUUAGCUGAUUAUUCCCUUUUGCCCUUCCUUCACUGGAAAACUAAAAUCCAUGCAGAGCUACCAAACAAGAAAUUUAGCAAUUUGAUUCAAACAACUGAUUAGAAUGUGAAAAGCUAAAAAUAAGUUCUCACAGAUGAAGAUCACUUUGCAUUUUAGAACGUUACUGCAUCAAGAGAUUGUAACCAAAGAUAUUUGAACAAAAUUGGUCUGCACUUGAACAUGAUUAUCCCAGAUGUAUUUUGUAUUAUAAAUUCAUGACUAAGCUGCAUCAAUAUCAUAUGUCCCAUAAGAAUCUAACAUAGGAUGCCUUGUACCUCUUUUUGUUUUCUAUAUUUAUUUUUUUUCCUAAUAAGACAUCUUGGAAUAGUCACUUCAACAACAACAAAAAAAAAAAUAGAAGACCGAGGCCUAUUCAUCUGAAUGACUCCUUGUCAUAGCAAGCAGUAAAACAUUCUGAAGGAAAGAAAUAAAAAGAAAGAAAUAAAAAGAAAGUUAAUGACAUGAUAAAAACACAACAUGUGGAUGAUAUAUAUCUUAUAUGUAAUAAAUGCACCGUACACCUGACCUGGAUACGUAGGUUGGAAUGUGGUGAAGCAACAAGCCCAAAGUACAAGUAGUAGCAAAUGGAAAACCAUCUUUUUCACUGAUCCAUCACAUAAUGUUGAUUAAUGCUGUCUCUAUACCAGGCCAUUUCCACCACCUAUGUAAUGCCUCAGCCAAGAUGCAGCAGCUCGUAACUCUUAAGAAAAUAAAAAAAAAUAAAAAAUAAUAAAAAAAUAAAUAAAAAAGGUGAAAAAAAGAAAAAAAAAGAAAAAAAAAAAAAGAAAAAUGAAAAGAAAAAUGGUAAUGAUGCUUGGCAUCAUAAUCAGUUGGGUAUGUUUGUAAUGUGAAUUACAGUAUUUGUUUAGUACUUCCAAUUGUCUUCUGCUAGCAAUAUGUACAGUACUGUGUCAGGCUUGUGACAUUUGGGUAAAAAAAAAAAAAGUUCCUGUAAGUGAAUGAUUUUAGCUUUUAAAAGUAAUUAUAAUCAAGUUGAUUUAAUAAUUUAAUACAUCUGGAAUGAUGUAUGAUUUAUAGAGGGAACAGAUUUAUAGGGUCUUCAUAGAAUUCUAUAAUAAUGAUAACAAAAUAUACUUUACAAACUGUAAAAGAAAAACGAAAGUACUUUCCCAGGCUUAUAUUCUUGACCUUAAGAGGCACGCAGGGUUUAAUUGUUUCUUCUGUUAUUGUUUUGCUACUUUUUGUUUUUUUUUUUUUUUGCCUUAAGUAAUGAUAGAAGAUAUAUAUGGCUGGACACAUAUGUAUAAACUUUUCAGCAGCAUUUUUAAUAAUAAAAUAUCACGGUAUUUUCUAAUGCUUUGUGCAAAGAACUACUUGUUCAUCUUUUUUUUUUUUUUUUAGAAAGUCUUUCGGAGGUAUGUUUUCUGCCCCAUCUCCUCUUCAUUGUCUAAUGUAAAUGAUGCCUUGAUACACAGUACAGAAAUAUUAAAGUAACAGAGGUUGCACUUUUAAGUUAGCUUUGGGUUUUCGUGGCCUUUGUAGUUCUAUAAGCCUACCAGUAAAUGGAAAGAAACUCUGCCUAUGAAGAUAUAAGAGAAUAAGCUCCAUAUAUUUAUUACCUGUAUGCACUGCAACUCCCAUUGAAGUAAUAGUUUAAUUGUUGUUUUUGUAUUUUCUAUAGCACUGAAAAAAAGCUUAGGUAAGCAGCUUCCCAUAGUGGUGUAUAGCUUAGCAGCUGAGAAAUGUUACCUUCUGAACUAAGGUUCAAAAUAAUUCAGAAAAUUUUAUGCUUUUAACCUCUGCAAGUAAAUAUACUUUAAUUUAGUAUUUAAAAUUCAGAUAAAUUGUUAUUUUUUUUAAGAAAAAAUAUGUAGGAGUAGCAAUAUAAGUUACUCGUAUAUAUUUAGAGAAAUUACGUAUUUGCAGGUAUACCAAUAUCAUUUUUCCUUUUAAAGUUGAGUAAGCAAAUAUAUUCUUUUUUCUUUUAUGAUAUUAAAUUCCUUUUAUCAGCCAGGUUUCCCUUCAGUGGAAAGGUACAUAGAUAUUUUAGCAACGUUGGCUGGACAUUGUUUGCUUUCUGUAAUUAUUCUGUUGAAUAGAGGUACUAACAAUAAGGUCUGAUGAAUUUUGAGUAUAAUAUUGAAGAGUAUUUGCAAAAAGCAAAUUCUGAAUGAUUCAUAUCAGAUUUUUAAUAUGAAAAAUCAAGCUUCUGAGAAACAUGUGCCUAUUGACCUAAUCAAGCAGCUUGAAUUUUGAAUAUUCAAUUUGUAUAUAAAGCUUUUGCAAAUAAACUGCAGAUUUAGAAUUGUUCGGCAAAUAUGUUUAGUUACAAGUAAUCUCUGAAAUGUCACAGCUUGCUUUGAGAUAAUCUAUACACAAGAAAAGAGGCUAUAAUUGUGUCAUUUCUGUGAACUGUUCACCUUAAAUUGCUGGGUGAACUCAAUAAAUAACUUUUUUUUUUUUUUUCUCCAGUUAAUGAAUUUCACAUUAAAAAACAAACAAACAAACAAACAAAAAAGCUUCAGAAGUUUGUUCAUGCUAACUAAAUAUUGUGUUGUUUUCUUUCCUUACUGUCUGAAAUAUAAAUCUGCAGAUUAGUAUGUUCCUAUUUACACUUAAAAGUAAUUUAAUAGUAUUUAAUAUCACAUAAAAAUCAUACAAAAGAAUACCAUGACAAUUAUGUGCUUGUCUCAGAUUUAUAGUUUUGCAUCUGUAUUUAAUUAUUGUCAACUGUUUCUCGUAUUUUCAUCUACAGCUGUUUGACAUCACAAACCUCAUCAACCUGAAUCUCUCCAGAGGCCAUUAGCAGCUGGUAAAACCUGGGAUUUUCAUCCCACUAGAAAUUAUGAUAUUAUGUAUUUAAUAUCAUAAUAUUUUAAAAAUAUUUCUCAGCAUCUCACAUUAGACUGACAAGUAAGGUAUCAACCUUUCAUGAAUGCAAAUGAAAAGGAAGGGGUUUGGAAAUGUCUAAAUAUCUUGCUUGAGCUGUAGCAUAAUAAACAACAUUUCACUUUGGGAUGCAGUUUUGAUUCAAACCAUUUUGUUUGGUGUUCAGCUGUGGCCACCAAGGCCCUCACUCUGUCUUCCAAUAGUUAUGUUUUCCUGAGGAAGUUAUGCUUUUAUAGUCUUUUCUGUCCUACACAAACUAGUUUAUCCAAAUUUUACUGUGGUAUAGAAGCCCAAGACACUCAGAGAUUACAUGGAUGCAAGACAGUCAUAAAAUAAAAUCAGAGAAAUAAUUUUGUUGUAAGCCAAAUGACUUGAUAUGCCCCUGAUACAAAGCAGUAAUUAAGGAGAACAUGCAUUAGUAUUGCAACAACUGAAAUGUAAAAUAAGCUUUUAAUACAUCAGGUACAUUCAAUGUAUUUAUUUAUAUAAAUUGAAGUUUGACAAAUGUUUAUAAUAUCUACAUUUUCCCAACUGCCUUUUCUGCCCCUUUCCCAUAAAAACAGCAACAGCUUACCAGCCAGUUCUAGUCAUUUCUGAAAUACCCACUUACAUAAAUGAGAAAUUAAAUUAAUGUUAUCUUUUUGUUUUCCCUACUACAUGUGACUAUCAAAUACUGAAAGCAUGAACAGUUCUUCUUCUACUACCUCUUUCCAGGGAUUAUAGUUUAUCCAAAUGUUUCAGAGUAGUCCCCUUCCCCAAAUUCCAGGUUUAAUUAAAAAGGAAAGGCUAGAGUCAGAACAGAAAUAUACAAGCUUAGACUAGAGAGCAGAGUUAUGUUUCUCUCCAACAGCCAAAAACAUGGCACAAAAAAAUAUUGUGAACUUUACUUAUGCUUUAUUAAAAAGAAUAAUAAUAAUAAUCUUUUCUAGAGACUACUUUUUCCUCCCUCAGCUUGUGAUGUAUGAUGUAAGACUUCUUGUUCUACCUAAGUCAAGUUUCAUGUCAUCCCAUAUCUUUUACCAUGAAUUCAUCAGACACUUCCCUCAGAGGUACAGAUGUUUUCAAGAUGUUUUUUGCUGUCACAUUAGUUAUGUUUGUCACCAGAUUUGUUCCAUUCUGUGCUGUAUUACUCUCAGAGAGAAUUUUUUCAUCUGUCAUUUUCCUUGCUCUGUUUUAGGUGUCCAAAAUGUUCCACUAAAGGAAUAUUUGCAUAACAUUACCUAUAAUCCUUGAAAUGCCUCAGUCUGUAUGGAUGUCUGUACUUUAUGUCAGCCCAAGAGUUGUGGUUUGACAUGGUGUAUGUCUUAGUGGGAAAUAUCAUCUUGAAGCCAGGUUGUCCUGUUACUCUGCUAUUUAUAUCAUUGCUAUUAUUCAUUGUCAACAUUUUUUUUUCCUAUAUUGCUCUUGAAUCAAGAGUCUUUCAUCCUCUCUCCCAGCAAGAUUUCUCAAAUUAAGCUGCAUCAUCAGGCCAUAAAAAAACUUUCUAAAACAUUUGUAUUUCUUAAACCUUUUAUAAAAUAUCAGAGCAAACUAACAGGUGUCAGGAACAGAUAGCCUUGGAUGACAAGAAUUCAUGGUAUAAAUGGCUACUGGCUCCCACCUGGUGAAGAGACUUGUUUCACAUAUCUGUGGAAAUAAAUGUAGUUACCAUUAACAUGAUUUAAAAUGUCAUUACAUUACAUCAAAUUAAACAAGACCUUAAGGUAAAACUCAUAGAAACUGCAAAUACUGAGGACCACACUCUCAUGUCCUGCAUUAGUGGUUAUUUUGUAAAGGCAACAUUCAAUUUGAGAGAAGUUGCAUGACUGUUUAGUGCACUUCAGUCACUGGAUAUCUGACUUCAGAAGCUAAGGUGGAAUUAGUAUAUUUUAGGAAAAGAAGAUGAUAUUACAAAAGCAUUUUUAAUAGAGUUUGUGCUUUCAAGCUUGUCUAUAAGGAGUAACAAAGAAAUUGCAGGAAGAACUGUUUAAAAUAAAUAGGAAUAAAAUGCACGUUGUUUCUAAAUGAAUGUGUCAGGCAGAAAUACAAUAUGAUAUAAUAUGGUAAGAUAUGAAGUUUAAACAGUGUGAUGGAUUUCUAUGUGGAAGGUCAACAGAAAAAAAAGUACUCAACGGAUACAUUUUCACAGGAAAUAGUCAAAUGAAAUCAGUACAGAUGAGAUUAUAAUGGAAUUUUGACAGAGACAUUGUAUCAUAAUGCUAUACCAUAUGGAUUUAGAUACAUUGAACAUAAUCUAUAGUGCUCAUCUGGGUAUUGAGAAGUAUAAAAAUUAGAUCCCAAUAUGCCCUACAUUUGCCAGGCAAUAGUGCUGCCAUCAGUGGUAAAUAAUAUAGCAAAGCGGUAUGUGCAGUUGUGUCAAGAAAUGAAAAACUAAGCUUUCAAAUCACUUUAUUCCAAGCAAGGCAAUGUACCAGACUCAAUAAAGAGGUAAUAAUGAAAGAAGCAAGGUACAGGUCCUGUCUGGAGAGCCAUCCUCUUAUGUAGGGGCCAACAGAGGAGGAUUUUUCUUUUCACUUUCCUGAUGUUGAGGCAUGGAAAAGGAAGGCCACAGGAACAGGCUGUAUUCCAGUAACCAUUUGCUCUUUCACCAUCAAAAUUGGUGUUUGCAUUUAUUAGAGGUCCCUCUAAGCUGAAUGUGGGAUCAAAAAACAAAGAAUAGUAAUUGAUUGCUGUUUACCAGCAAUUUUUUUCUUUUCUCAGCAAAGGACAAUGAGGAAGUAGGGAUAGAGGAACAUUGUGCUACCAGCUUUUCCCAGGACACAGAGAGAACCACAAGCUCCUCACUCAGUUUGCAGAAGAGCUGCCAACUGCAAGAAAAGGCUAUGGAGGCACUCAAGGAGCAGUGACAAGUGAGAGAGUGAGAGAGCUGCUGGACAACAGUAGCUCAUGGGAUUGGUUUGUGAGACUUUAAUGCCUAUCUUUUCUCUGUUAUAAUAUGCUAUUGAAAAAAAUGUUGUACUCUCCCUAGACUGUAGAUUUUGCACCAUUAAUUUAGCAGAAAGUCAGUAAUAGUUUGAUUCAAAUGAAUCAAAUUAAAAAUUUCAUUAUCAAAAAUAGAAUGUGUGAGAGCAGCAUUAAUCAGGGUUGCUGGAAUCUUCUGAUCUAACUGCAGAUGUGUCAUUAGAUUUCCAAAUCAGACACUUAAAAUCAAGGAGUUAUGAUGACCUCUGUGAUAAAUGACCAAGUGAACAUGCACAUAGAUAAAAUAUGUUGUUUCAUUUGCAACAGCUCUCUAAAUUAUUGCUUCAAUAAACAGUAAGUAUAAAGUUACUUACCUUUUCUCACUGUAGGAUAUGAAGUAAUAUAUGCUAAGAACACACGGAAUCACUGCCAGCAGCUCUCAGACCUACAACAGACAGAUAAAGAAAACCAAACGUACUAAUUUCUGGAAUGUAGAGCAGCUAGAACCUCUUUUAGGAACCUGGCCUUCUUCAGCUUCUGCUACCAACACACCAUCUAGAUCAUGUGUGCAAAGGAUUUUCCUGUAGAGGACAGUUUGUUCCUCUAGAUGGCUGCCAUCUAUCUAGUGACUAACACGAAUUGAAAACAGAAAAAAAAAAAAAAGCCCUCUUUGGGGUGGUAAUAAUAUCUCAAUGACUGCACUGGCAGAGAUGGUUUACAAACAACUUCCUUGGCACUCAGCAGCUUAUUAGAAAAUGAAAAAUAAAUGCAAAACUAUUUUCAAUAAGCACCUUGUGAGAAAUAACACCAGCCACUAAACAGAAAACACAGACCAUUUGUAUUAAUAAGAUCACUGCAUUUUAAAGUAAUUCAACAAUGUCCAUAAAUUCUUAUGGAUCUGCAAUAUCACGCUUAAUAAUAUAGAGACUGCAAGUAAUCCUGAAGGAGUUGGUAAACAUGAAAAAUUCCAGUUUGUGCUUUUAUACUAAACUGACCAUACAUACUCUUCUGUUUUGAACUCAAGAUCUGGUCAUAUCUUUAUGUGUCUCCUGUAAUUACUCAUUUUUGAUGCCUUCUAUAGAGGUUUGAACACUGAAACUUGUAGAGUUUUAUUGCCAUCUCUAUUCUUCUCAAAAACAGAGAAAUUAACCACAGGACAAUUCAAACAUUUUUUUCAUCUCAAUGACUGGUUGAACGAUGCAGUAAAGUUGUUUGAGAGACACAGUGGCAUACAUCUUUUUACCACUGUCAAAUUCCUACUGAUUUUUACAAGCCAAUUAUUUCAAAUUUUCUUAAUAUUACUUUAAUGAGCAAGAAGGAUGACACUGUCCCCUGUCCCUUUUUCCCUUUUAAUUUCACAGAAGAGAUAAUUUAGGUCUGAAGUAGGUAACUAAUUACUGCCUUCUAUAUAUAUAUAUAUUUUUUUUUUCAAUUGUUAAGAAAAUAGAAUGAAGAAAAUAGUACUUUUUUCCUUCUUGAUGGGGCAUGACACUUGUUAAGACUGUGAUUUUUUUUAAAUUAUUUUUCUUUUCCUCAGGAAAAAUUUAGAAACCUCUAACACAAAUGCAAAAAUAAUGCAAACUGAUUUGCAUUUGCAAACUACAAGAAUUUUUUUUUUAUUUUUUUAUUUUUUUUUUUUUUGUGAAAUAAUGAAAAGUACACAAAACUGUAUAGCUUUUACUUCUGGGAUCAUCAUAUGCCUCCACGAAUUUAGCAAUUGAUAUCUGAGCAGUUUCUGUGCUGUAAGAUUUGAAACAUGAAAAUAUGAAAAUUAUUUCAAUUUAUAAGAUACAUUAUUUGGACAAAGAAGGCAUUUGAUAAAUAUACCAUUUCAAUAAUUUUAAUAGGCAAUCUGAUGAUUUAUAUGCAAAUACACAACCUUUGUUGGCACUCCUAUUUUUUUAAGCAAUUUUUAUUAUUAUAUUUUAUAUAGAAGUCUACAUAUUUAGAUAUCUGAGGCAUGUUGCUGCAUCUAUCUCUACAUACAGAUAUAAUUAUGACAUAUACAUGUACAUGGUAAUUAUUUGCUUCUUGGCUUCCAGUUUUCACUGUAAGAAUAUAAAACUUAUUUUCAAUUAAUUAAAAUGAUAAUGAAAAUGAAAAAUACCAAUUAAUUUCACAGGCAUUUUGGAACUCGUCUUUUUAAACUUUUUUUUUUUUCCCAUAGAUAUACACAAGCUUUUCUUCAGACUGACACACAGAUAGAACUGAGAGGAAGGUGAGAAGAUAACUUAGAUUGUCUGUUUUCACCAAGUUAGUGAAAAUAACUCCUCAGCUGUCAUAAUUCUGUUGCAGAAUCUAGUCCUCAGUUGUUCCUCAGAGAAAGAGAAAGAAUACCAUUCAUCCAUGGAAAAAUGAGGUUAUGGGUAAAAGUGAGUGAUACAGAAUGGACAUAACCAAGUCAGGAGGAUGGCAGGAGCUACUGAAGAAAAGGGGCUGUAAACCACGGACACAUGAUGAGAAAUUGGGAAUUGAUCUGAGCCUGCUUCAACUGAACUCACAGGGAGUUCAGAAGAAAAGUAUACACCACAAAGAAGGAAGAGAGAAGAAACAGGAAGCCCAUAAUACUAAGAAUAAAAAUUCAGAAGACAGUACAUGUGACAAA